UCCCUGUAACGAAGUCUUUGUUUUUAUCUUGCUGCCUUUACAAUCUUCACUUUAUCUUUAUCCUUUGUCAUUUUAAUUAUAAUACGUCUUGGUGUAGGUCUGCUUGGGUUCAUCUUGUUUAGGACCCUCCUCUGUGCUUCUGGUAUCUGGAUAUGUUUCCUUCUUUAGGUUUGGUAAGUUUUCAGCCAUAAUCUCUUCAAAUACAUUUUGGAUGCCCUUUUCUCUUUCUUCUCCUGGGAUCCCUAUUGUGCAUAGAUUGGAAUGCUUUAUAUUAUCUCAUAAGUCUUGUAUGUUGCUUUCAUUUUUUUUUCCAUUUGUCUUUCUGUCUAUUGUUCUGAUUGGGGGAUUGCCAUUGUUCUAUCUGCCAGAUUACUUAGUUAUUCUUCACGUUAUUUAGUUUUCUGUUUUUUGCCUUUGGCUUGAUUUUCAUCUAGGCAGUUGAACUGUCUAAUUUUGAUUGGCUUCUCUUUAUAAGUUUCUAGUUUCUGUGACAGAGCAUUUCUAUCAAUAGCCUUUCUUAAUUCCUUCAGGAUUUUUAUUACUUUCUUUUUGAAUUCUGGGUUUAGUAGACUGGAGAAGUCAGUUUCAUUGUUCUUUCAGGAAACUUCUCUUGUUCUUUUAGUUGGGUGUGGUUCCUCUGCAUCUUCAUUUUCCUUAUAUUUCUCUAACUCUACGAAUUUAGAAGAAACAGUUAUCUAAUAUGGUCUCGAAGGGCUGUUUUUAUGUGGAAUCAUUCCAGUGUAGUCUGUUAAAUCUAAUAUUUUUGAUAUGAGGGCUGUUUUUGCUAUGGAUGCCUGCCUCAUCUUUCCUCAAGGUAUGCUGGUCAUUAUCCCCUUGAUAAGGGGUGUGAUUGGUGUUGUGGUGACCAAAGCCUGCACAGGGCAUUGGACAAGGGGUCUCCUUUUUGUCAGUGGUUGUCAGACACCUGUCAGAGGCAAGGUCUACUCCACAGUUGUUGGAGCAGAAGCUCCAGAUCUGGUCCUAAGCUGUAGUGUGAGGUAGGCAGGACUGUAACCCUCCCACUGGGAAAAGAGCUGCUGAGUAUUCCUCCACUGGAACAUGCACUCUGUCACCUGUUGUGCGUGCUCACUAAGUACACUAUUGUUGAAACUGCCCUCUGCCCCAUCUCAGAAGAGGGAAAGCCAGCAAACAGCUCGGAAGUCCCUCAGGCACUGUGCUCACAAAGCUGCCAGUGGCAUAAAUCCAUGAAAGUCGAGUACCUUCAGGGAAUUGGCUCAGAUUUCAGCUCCACCUCUCUGUAGGCAACCCCCAGGUGCUUGUGCACUUCCAGAGCUUGUAGAUGUGGGGCUGUGUCCUCUGUGAGCAAGCUGAGAAGGGGGCUGCUAUGAUGGGGGCCACAGCUCUCCCUUGACAUAUGCAUUGAUAGUAGGGCUCCUAUCUGUCCUGCACACACCUCCAGCUGUGGCCCAGACUACUCUUGAGGCCCUUGGGACUGUCCUCACACAGCCAGACCAAAUCGUCUCCCUAGGUCUGUCUGCUGAAGCCUAAGUGUCAACGUUCAGCUGCUAUACACUCCAGCAGGUAUGCAUCUCAGGCUGGGGCAUGAAGGGAGGUGCCAGGAUCUUCUGUGCAGUUCUCUCUCUGUCCUGUCUGCUGCAAGCCAGUUGCUGUCCUCUGAGCCUCUGAAGCUCCCUAUCGACUCCUAGCCAGUGAAAGGGGUUCCCAGGGUGAGGGUCCUGAUUCAUUUUUUCCUCUUUUGUCCUACCCAGUUAUAUGGUGAUUUUUUUUUUCCAGCUUUGGUUGUAUGAGAUCUUCUGCCAGCAUUCAGUGGGUAUUCUUUGAGAAUUAUUCCACUUGUAGAUGUAUUUUUAAUGUAUUUGUGGGAGGAGGUGAGCUCCACAUCCUUCUAUAUUGCCAUCUUGAUCUCCCAGUCUGCUUAUUGUUUUCUUACUGCUUUUGUUCCUACCAAUUUGACAUCACACAUGGCUACUGAUGGCAAUGAUCUUCAGGUUCCCUUGCGUCGGAAGCAGAGAAAGAAAACUCAAGGUCUUUUCAGCAUGAGUCGGAGGAGAAUAUCAUGUAAAGACCUCGGGCAUGCCGACUGCCAAGGGUGGCUGUAUAAGAAAAAGGAAAAGGGAACUUUCCUGGGCAACAAAUGGAAAAAGUUCUGGGUGGUGCUGAAGGGAUCGUCACUGUACUGGUACAGCAAUCAGUUGGCAGAGAAAGCUGAUGGAUUUGUCAACCUGCCUGAUUUCACUGUAGAGAGGGCGUCUGAAUGCAAGAAAAAGCAUGCUUUUAAGAUCAGCCAUUCACAGAUCAAGACCUUUUAUUUUGCAGCUGAGAAUGUGCAGGAAAUGAACCUGUGGUUAAGCAAAUUUGGAUUAGCUGUAGUCCAUCCUGAGUCCACUACAAAGGAUGAAGAAUGCUACAGCGAGAGUGAGCAGGAAGAUCCUGAGAUAGCGGCGGAGACUGCACCCCCUCCCUGCGCUGAGGAGUCUCUGCUUCCUCUGGCUGCUCAGCAGGCAUCUUCAUCUUCACCCAAACUGAGUGGAACAGCGUUCUUUAUCUCCACAGAAACCUCAAGAAAGACAUCCAGCACUUUGUCUUCCUCGUUGUCGAGAGGAAGACAGUCCUGGAUCGACAUGAUCAAUAGUUCGUCUGCCGCUGAAGAUGGGGCACGAUCGGUGAUGUGCGCUGUGCGCCACUCACCUGUGCCCUCAGAGGCAAACAGCCUCAGGGCCCUGGAAAACAGCUUUGCCACAUCAGAGAGUGACUUCGUGAACUCUUUAUCUAGUGAUGACACUUCUUCAUUGAAUAGCAAUCAAGAUCAUUUUAGUGGCCCAGAGAAGCCUGCUGGACCAAAGAUGAUGGACGGAGAAGAGACAAAAGUGUCUGAGGAUGAUGAAAUGGAGAAGCUCUACAUCUUAGAGCAAGCCAGUCUGUCUCCUCUUGGGGACCGGCGACCUUCAACCAAAAAGGAGCUGAGGAAGUCCUUUGUGAAGCGGUGCAAAAAUCCAUCCAUAAAUGAGAAACUCCACAAGAUCCGAACUUUGAAUAGCACAUUAAAGUGUAAAGAACACGACCUGGCCAUGAUUAACCAGUUGCUGGAUGAUCCGAAGCUGACAGCCACAAAAUACAGGGAAUGGAAGGUCAUGAACACGAUGUUGAUCCAGGAUAUCUAUCAGCAGCGGCAGGUCUCUUCGUCUGCUCCCGAAACCUCCCCCCAGGGACUCGAGAGACCACCUUCCUCUACCUGCGUUGAAAAUUCUAUGUGAGAACAAACCAGGAUUUUUUUCCUCCUUCUCUCUCACCCCAAGCAACUCUUCGAGAUGUUGGAAGAGCUUGACCUUCUCCGUUAAAAAGGAAAACUGAGACCCAGUUCGUGGAACCUCUAGGGAUGCGGUUGGGAUGAGGGCAAACCCUGAUGGUGGCAUCGUCACCAGCUCCAGUGCUUCCAUCCCAGCUGGAGGGAUGGAGUCCGGGUGAAUGAGCCGUCCUCUGUUCCUCCCGGGAGCUCUCUGCCGUGCUAGCGUCUAGGUGGGAUGCGAGAACUGUAUCUUCCGUUUCUUGCUCUGAAGAGACUGGACAGCCUUCCAUGGCCCAAAGGUCACUUUUACCAGGGAUAUGAAUUCCCAGAAGUCUUUUGCUUUGCAAAAGAAGAACAGACAUAUUCCAUCUGGCUGGGGAGCCAAGGUCCCCAAAUCAUCUUUUGGGUGGAGGGAUACUUUCUAUAGCAGCCACAGGAGCAGGACAGAUGUGACGUGACAGAUGGGAACCCAAACCCCUUGCCUUUGGUCCAGCGUGGUGGUGCCUUCUUGAUGUGUCGAGAAAUACUUCAUAGGAUGUGGCGUGUGGGUGCCCCCCAGAAGGAAGCAUGUUCAUAUUCCAUUCUCUCCAAGGACAGCUCAAGGUGUCUGUACUUUGUCCAGGUUGGGAUGGGGGAUCUGAUUGCUGUUUCCUUUCCAGGAAGCAGCUAAAUGGUCUCAUUACACGGAGACCUCUGCUCCUCGCUUUUCUAAAUCAUGGUAGGACAGUAACACGUCCAGAAGGAAUGUUUACUGCCUUCGCCCUUGGGUGCGGUCCCUAUGCCUGGUACAAGUGUACAUCCAGCUUGCCCAGGAUCGAUAUUGACAAGAGGAUUCUGGUGUCUCAAUUAAUUUAGUAUCUUUACUUCAAAAAAAAAAAUGCCAACAGAACAACAACAAAAACCCAACAAAACCAACACAAGAAUUAAAACAUGAUUGUUUUAUUUUUGUAUGUUUAUGCAUCACUUUGUGUCCUAUGUGAAUAGCUAUGUAUAAUAUGUUAUUUAAGUAUAUUUAUAGAAGUUCAGAUUACUAGUGUUUUAAAGGAUGACAUACUAUUCCUAUGUUUUGUUCAGUGUAUAUUUCAAAGUAUAUACUUUUUGCUUGAGAAAAGUAGGAAUACUCUCGAUUCAGUGGACUUACUAUGUUGCACUAUAAUGUCUGAGGAAUGCUCAGGAAAUCUCGCGGGGUAAAUGGGGGCAUGCAUUAAUAAUCUUUACUUUCUGGCUUUUCUCUCUCUCUCCCCCCAGAAUGCUUAGAUUUCUAUCUGCUGUAACCCUUUCUCCUCAUUGGAAAAGGACUUGAUCUGAUGUUAUCCCAUCUAAUAAAUACACCUUAAGCUUCGUACCAUUUAUGCCCACACACCCUAAACCAAAUGAAUGCAACCUUUUGACUAAAGACCACUAGAAAUUUUGAGGUUCAUUGUUACAAAGGACUCCCCCGGUCAGAGAGCCGGUAGGAAGGUCUUCACCUGCUCAUCACCUCGACUUCUCCUCCCCGUAAGAAGAACCGCAACCCACCCAAACCCCAUUUUGGUUUGAUCUCUAGCAAACGGUCAGCAUGACACCGUCAGCUCUAGAAUGUCAGUGUGUGGCGUGACGUUCAAGUGGAAAUAACCCCUGAAUUUUAUCUGUAACCUAAAUGGAAAUAGUUUUUCGAAAUCUUCCCUAAGCUUUACUAAGAAGUCUUCAUACUUUGUAAACAAAAAGCAGCCUUAGCAUUAAGAAAGAAAAAAAGAAAAACAGGAAGCAAGUUGUAAUAGCAGAGGUUUCUGAAAGAUAAAGGCUACACUAGUCAGUUUGGCCCAGUAAACAUUUCAUUGCCCGGGGGGGGGGGGAGGGCUGAGUGAGUGGGGGAGGCUCAGACUGUGCACAAGUGAGGACCUGGCCCUUCCCUUCCUGAGUUUGCUGGCCACACAGAGAUCAGCCAUCAUUCAGGUCCUCAGAUUGGACCCAAAGCUUCUGGUUUGAGAGGCCAGUGCUUUCCUCUCUUGCCUCUAGAAAUUAUCAUUGAUUCUUUCUGUAAUUAGCAGCACCCUUCCUGUGAUCAGAAGGUGGAUUGUUUAGCAUUCACAGUGUAAACAGUGGUGAGAAAGGAGAAAAAUAAUGGAGGAAGACGAGUUUCAGGUGUUCUUCAACCUUCUUCUCUUUGGUUUGCAGCACCAGCCUGUACACUUCAGACCAGUUCGUGCUGAGUUGAAGCACUCCAAAAGCUCUUGGCCAGAACUUGCCCAUACGUUCUAAUGCUCUACUUUGACGUUGCAUUAAUACAAAUUACCUGGCCUCUUAAAGUCAUUCAGCACCACUCCAAAGUAAAGACAGAAUAGAUCCAUGAGAUUAAUGCAGCCUGUAAGUUAUUUUUCAGGGUUGUUUGGAUGUUUUUGCUUUGUUAGGAAGGCAGUCCCUUGGCAGAACCUCCCAGAAUGAAAGUUAAACUAAGCUGCACGAUUUCACACCUAAACCCACCUGCUUGCUGGUAGGACUUCCUUCUGUGAAUGUUCGAGCUGUGUUGUGUUGAGCUAGGAAGUAGCUAGAGGCUCGGUUGUGUGUUUCCACCUUCAGCUGCGGCCACCGAGGAGGGUGGGGGAGAGAAGGAAGUGAGAGGAAGAGGGGUGACAUUCUUGAGCAGUGAUCCCAGUGUGUCCCGCCUCCAGCCAUUUUUUGGGGGGCGGGGAGGAGCAAAGGGUGUUGAGAAAACUGGUUCAUUUCCAGUGUAUUCUUGAGGAUUGGGGCAUCUUGAAACAGAUUUUGGGCAGUUUCAUGGGGUCUAAAGGGAGGCUCUUGAACCCACUGCCGCAGGCGUCGGGUCUGAAGGCUGUGGGAUGGCGUGCCCAUAGGGCCGCUCAGGAAGAGGAGGAUCUCUGAGCAUAACCACGUCCAAACCUGCCGCACCUGCCGUGGCUUAGGAUACAGACCGGACCUCUCUGGGGGCUCAGGAAGAAUGGUGUGGCUCCAUUGAGAGCCUAUGGACCCAAAUUGGUGCCUGGUGUGAUGCCCUUAAUAAUCGGGCUGUUGGAGUGCUUGCUGAGUCGUUUCCGACCCUUGGCAGGUAUCUCUUGCUUUGAAUGAUUCUUAGUUGUGCCACAAUCUCAGCGCAGCACUCAAAGCUUGGAGAGAUGCUAAGCAGGCUAUUACCAAGAUUCUGGCAAGCAAGCCUGAAAGUGAGACUAUGCUGGAGGCAGAUUUCAAGGUGAAAUGAUGAUGCCUUAUAUUUAAGGAGCACUUUGUAGUUUGCAAAUGGGUGUGUUUCAGCACCCCCCCCCCCAGUGCUCUCCCUGGGGCAUAUCGAGGAUGGUUGUGGAUUAUCGUUACUCCUCCUGCGGAGGAGUGAGGUGCCUUGGGAGACCCUCGGCUGGCCAUGGCCAGGAUGUGAGUCUCGAGUGUCUUGUCCCCCCUCCCCCACCUUGUGCCGUUGCUCAGGGGACCAGCCAUUGGACUCGACUGUAAAUGGCAUCGUGCUGCAAGGGGCACAGGGACGUAGUGCCUUUUGCAGGGUUGUCUGCUGAAAAUCACUCUUUCCCUUGAGUGCAGCCUCUCUUCCUCAUGGCCCCAAAGCUAACUCUCCCCCUGUAGCCAUCUGCUGUUGGGCUAGCUGCAAGCUGGGGUGUAACUUAGCUCUGGGCUUCCUUUCUUUCCUUGGGUAACAAACACUGCUCCUUAGGUGCUGGGAGAUCCUCAGAGGAAAGGGAUACAUUGAAAGACCUGGAGUGCAUUUUUCUGUUUUUCUUUUCACACCUGUCAGGAGAUGCCAGAGACUGGGCUUAGUGACUAAAUGUUAAGGCUUUAGCUUCCUGUCUUAAUUCCUUUUCAUGUAAUUAUGCUAAAUGCCUCAGAUAGCCUCUAAAUCACAAACAAUAUGAUAGAGAUGAAAGAGAUAUACUUUUAAGCAGUUUGAAGAGGGAAGCUACACAAGUUCCAGCCAUAUUUAAAUUCGUGGACAUAUACCUCUUUGUAUGAUGCUCUCAUUGAAGGGUAAUGUUUUGAUGCAGCCACACAGAAGAUUUAGCUAGUAAUUUAGGUGCAGAGGUUGUCUCUCCAGCAGUCAAGAUACGUUGCAAAGCUGCCGUAUCCAAAUGAAGCUUUUCGAUGCACCUCUUCCACCUAAUAGAAUCUUAUAUUUGAUUGUGGCUUUCCAAUUUAUUUCCCAUGCCAUCGUUUUUGUAUACUUAUCUCACAAGAGGAAUGGAGUUCUAGGAAAUGCGAGGUGACUGCCCUGCCUAGGAUUUUGUAACAUGUCACCAAACAUGAAAAGCCCUGAAACUAGACUCUAACAACCCAUAUGACAUGGACUGGGAGGGGUGAUAAUUCUACCCAGCACAGAGAGCUGCCUGUCGCCUGUCGCUGCAAUGAACCAGAUGACAAACAGCUACGUGCUUCUCGAGGCUGUGAGACAGGAAGCAGUUUUCUCGCCUCUUCGGCACAUCUUCAUUCUUCCUCACACCACCACAGACCACAGAGAAAAUGAACAACCAAGAAAUGGACUCUACAUUUAAAAACCCCAGCUUUUCUAUUUCUCUGGCCGUGAGGAGACUUCACUGCUCUGUAUUGAUAUUUCUUCAUCUUGAGUCCAAAGGGGAAGCAUGCCCCAUCGAGAUGGUUAGCGUCUCAAAAUGAAGUCCAGGAUUUUAAACUGCCAUCUAUUUUAAUGUCCUUGCAUGACGGGGAUGUGACAUUUAGCACUGCAUGGUGUCUGGGGACAAGAUGUUAAUGUGGAAAUGAUACCUUCAAUCUCAUUGUGCUUUCGUUCUCUGUCACCGAACCCUCUUCGACCAAACUGAAAAAAAGAGGCAUGACUCAUUUCUCCAGCGUUAUGUGCUUGAGGUUGACUUGUAAGAUAAUAAAAACAGGAGAAAAUAUACCUAGUAAAAUGACAUGGAAAAAAUUGGGAAUGUCCUAUGGCUGUUCCUCUUCUGCCCUGCAGUAUUGCUUCCUCAAAAUAAAACUUCCCUGGGAGGUGUUGAA